AUGAGUAAGGAUGAGUUGCAAACAUUUUGUUUGUUGGAGAUUGAGAAACUAUUGCAGAGUAAUGGAAAAUCAUUGAGAAAUUAUGCUGGCAUGCCGGUUCCUAAUAACUCUUUAGUCUCUCAAUUUAGCAAUUUGAUGCUGUUGCGUGAGUUGCAGUAUGAUAUUGUUUUUUUGACUCAUGAGCACGAUGCAAAUAUCUUAAAGUUAAAUGAAGAACAGAGGGUGGUCUACGAUAAAAUUAUUGAUUGUGUUUCGAAUAAGAGGCACGGAUUCUUUUUUGUGUACGGGUUUGGUGGCACUGGAAAAACUUUUUUACACAGAGUUUUGCCAGCUAGAUUGCGAUCUGAGAAAAAGAUUGUUAUAAACGUUACUUCUAGUGGUAUUGCUUCUCUGUUGUUACCUGGUGGUAAGACGGCGCAUUCUAUGUUCAAUAUUCCUGUUGAGUUGACUGAAGACACUAUUUGUCGGAUUAAGAAAGAUAGUCCAAAAGCUAAGGUAUUCCGAUUGGCCGAUUUGAUUAUUUGGGAUGAGGCACCGAUGACUAACAAAUUAGCAUUUGAAGCGCUCGAUAGGACGUUGCGUGAUAUAAUGGUUUCGGUCUCUGAUAGGAAUAAAGAUUUACCUUUUGGUGGGAAGGUGGUCGUUCUUGGUGGUGAUUUCAGGCAGGUCUUGCCAGUUAUUCCAGAAGGUUCUCGUGCUGAGAUUGAGUUAAGGUCGUUUUCAGAUUGGAUACUUCAAAUUGGUGAAGGUCGAUGUGGAACUCUUGUCAAUGAUAAACUUUUUGUUGAUAUUCCUUCUGAUCUAAUCAUUCCUGUUUUGGAAAAUCUAGUGGAAGAUAUUGAUAGGGCAAUAUUGGCUCCGACUGUUGAGAAUGUUGAAGAGAUAAACAAUUAUAUAGUUGACUUGUUGCCUGGUGAGGAGAAAAAUUAUCUCAGUGCUGAUUCGAUAUGUGGUAGUGAUGCCUAUUCUGAUGUUGAUAUUGAUUGGAUAAAUGUUAAAUUCUUGAAUCAUAUUAGGUGUUCUGGUCUACCUAAUUAUUCGUUGAAGUUGAAAAUAGGCGUGCCUAUUAUUUUGUUGAGGAAUAUUGAUCCAGCUGGGGGUUUGUGUAAUGGGACUCGACUUGUUGUGCGAGAUCUAGGGACAAAUGUGAUCGGUGCGGAUAUUACUUCUGGUAGCAAUGUUGGGGAUAAAGUUUUUAUCACCAGAAUGAAUUUGAUUCCCAAUGAUACGGUUAUACCGUUUAAAUUCCAACGCCGUCAAUUCCCAGUUUCUUUGUCGUUUGCAAUGACAAUCAACAAAAGCCAAGGUCAGACAUUAUCAACAGUCGGUUUGUUCUUGCGUCGUCCUGUGUUUUGUCACGGUCAACUUUAUGUAGCUCUUUCCCGAGUUAGGAAUAGAAAUAGUCUUACGAUUUUACUUUGUGAUGAAGGAUUAGUUGAUCCUACCAGGACUGAAAACGUUGUAUUUAAGGAAGUUUUUAAUAAGAUAUAA